CAACCUCUUCCGUGCUGUUCAGUCAGAGCGACAGAAACGCCCUGACGGAGAUAGGAGGGAGGGAAGGAGAGAGAGAAAGAGAGAGAGACGCUAAAGAGAGAGGGAGAGUAGCGGAGAAAGAGCGAUUGAAAGAGAAGUUUGUAGCCUACUGGAGAAAUGUUGGUGGAGAUAAAUUGAAGCGGGAGGACAAGAAAAACUCAAUAUUGUUUUGGAGUAAAUCUAAACUUUAUUGGACGGUAAGGGAAGAAAACAAUUGUUCAUAAAUUGUCUCGGAACUGUUGUGUUAGAGAGAGAGACAAAAAUAGAGCAUCCCGUUAUCGAACAAAUUUAUCUGAUGAUCAUGACGGCAGCUGUCGAUAUGAAACCGACAUUAAUCAUCAUAAAGUCUGAAAGAAUGGACGAUCUGGAGUGUGGAGAUGUGCCCCUGCUCACUCCAGGGAGUAAAGAGAUGAUGUCUCAGGCUCUGAAGGCCACGUUCAGUGGCUUCACAAAGGAACAGCAACGACUGGGCAUUCCCAAAGACCCCAGGCAGUGGACAGAGAGCCACGUGGGAGAGUGGCUGAUGUGGACGGUGAACGAGUUCAGCCUGAAGAGUGUGGACUUCCACAAGUUUUGUAUGAACGGGGCCAGUCUGUGUGCUCUGGGGAAGGAACGCUUCCUGGAUCUAGCGCCUGACUUUGUGGGCGACAUCCUCUGGGAACAUCUAGAGAUGCUUCAGAAAGAAGACACAAAGCAUUUCCCUGUCAACGGCCUGACCUCUACCUUCCAGGAAUCCCACUAUACCUCAGACUACUUUGUCAGCUAUGGCAUUGAACAUGCCCAGUGCGUUCCUCCCUCUGAAUACUCAGAGCCGGGCUUCAUCACAGAGUCCUACCAGACCCUUCACCCAAUCAGCUCCGAGGACCUGCUGUCACUCAAGUACGAGAGCGAAUACCCCAACAUCCUCCGGGACAUGCCCCUCAACCCACUGCAGGGGGACUACUUCUCCGUCAAGCAGGAGGUGGUCUCCCCCGACAACAUGUGUGUGGGCCGCAUCAGCAGAGGUAAGCUGGGAGGCCAGGACUCGUUUGAGAGCAUCGAGAGCUUUGAAAGCUGUGACCGUCUGACCCAUUCAUGGAGCAGCCAGUCCUCCUUCAGCAGUCUGCAGCGCGUCCCAUCCUACGACAGCUUCGACUCCGAAGACUACCCCAGCGCCCUACACGGACACAAGCCCAAGGGAACCUUCAAGGACUACGUCAGGGAGCGCUCAGACCUCAGCAAGGACAAACCUGUCAUCCCCGCCGCAGCACUCGCAGGAUACACAGGCAGCGGCCCCAUCCAGCUGUGGCAGUUUCUACUGGAGCUUCUGACGGACAAGUCCUGUCAGUCCUUCAUCAGCUGGACGGGAGACGGCUGGGAGUUCAAGCUGUCCGACCCUGACGAGGUGGCUCGGAGGUGGGGGAAGAGGAAAAACAAGCCCAAGAUGAACUACGAAAAGCUGAGCCGAGGCCUGCGCUACUACUACGACAAGAACAUCAUCCACAAGACAUCAGGGAAGCGCUACGUCUACCGCUUUGUCUGUGACUUAAAAAGCCUGCUGGGAUACACCCCCGAGGAGCUCCACGCCAUGUUGGACGUUAAGCCUGAUGCGGACGAGUGAAAACAGAGGGAUGAGAGAAGAAAAGAAGAAGAGGAGAGUAAAGGAGCCGAGGGGACUGGGGCUCGGAGAUUGAUAUUUACCGUCCGGUAAAAGGGGGCGUCCAUUCUCAACACCUAAACUGUGGUCUGUAUCAUUUUGAGCUGUUGUCAAACAACGUUCAAAAAGGAAGCACGAUGCCAAACGUGCAAAUUCAUAGUAUGUUGCAUUUGAGAUAGUGUGUGUCAUAGCUAUAUGUAUAUACAGGUAUUACUUAGUAGCUCAAGGCACAUGGAAAGCUAUCAGUUAGAAUAGAGUGGCCAUUUAGCCUAAGUAGGACAAGAAACUGUCAUUGUGGAAGAGGGCCAAGAGACAGUGAAGGAUUCAUUGUAGGGAAGGACAUUGCAUGGAUGGAGAGUUCCUUCUAUGAAAUCUGUUGCCAAAUUAAAAAUGGAAAGUAGUGGAAAUAGGUCACUGUUUCUCUGCCACUGCACACAAUAGGCAUUGGGUAGAGUUCUCUUAUUUCUUUUCUCUUUUUUUUACUAUUGUUUCAGAAGCAUAAUGUUUGUGACAGUAUUAUCGUUGAGAUUGAACUCCUGGUGUACUGUUGAGUCUCAGUCCGACCAGGGUUCCCCCGUUUAGUUUUUUUUAUGUUGAUGAAGGUAUUCUGAAACCAAAAUGUUGUACCAUUUAAGGCUAAGUUAGUCCUGUCUCCUCUCUGCGAAAGGCCAAUGACUGAAACAUGCUGAUUUGGUUAUCAGACGACACUAGACACUGGCCUUUUUACUCAUUUUCAUAGGUUGGAUGGAGAGUUACUUACUCAUACCAAGAGCGGUUGAUAGACAACUGAAAGUAACCGUUGCUUUAAAACUGACGCUUUCACCUUCGCACAUUUGCUGCUUCGCUAUAGUCUGCCACCAGGACUUUGCAUAUUGCAUACAUUACUGUCCUACCACCAGUAAUAAAAGUCCUUAGACACCCUUUAUGUGGUGAGUUUUGAAAGUAUUUGGACACAAAGAGUCAAAUGUGCCCAUGCAUAUUAGCACAAUCUCUACAUUAAGUGGUUUUUCAAGCCCCCAUUUUAGCAUUGUUUUAGAAGAGAACAGAGAGGGAGAGACCUGUUGUCGACAGAUUGAAUUGCGAGCCAUGUACACAAGGGAUUGUUUUGUCGGAAAGCUUAGGAAUGUAGCGUGUACUGUAUUUUUGUGUGUUAUGUGGUGUUCUCUGAAUGAAGGGAAGCUGCCAUAGCUAGGUAAGGUAUAUCAAGGUGCAUGAUGGUAGUAUGGUGAAAAGAUAAGGGUUUGAAGCAAGGAGUAUAAACUUUGGAUGACUGUUUGGAAGACAGGGAUGUGAACAGGACUGGGUGGUUUGUGAACAGGACUGGGUGGUUUGUGAACAGGACUGGGUGGUUUUGGGAGGGAACCAUGGAGUUGUGAAGCUAAUCAGUAAAGAGAAUCAUCAUCAUUAUGGCAUGAGGAUGAGAUGAAUGCUUGUGCUGUUGCACAGCUUGGAGGCUUUUGUUAACUGAAGUGUUUGUAUAUAUGCUCCCUUUCACCAUUGUCUGAGGAGGUAGAGAUCUAUAGGACUACCAUAAACAGUUGGGGUAAAGGACUACUGGGAGAGACGUGGCAUUAUAUGCUAUUUUCUUACCAUGCUUUGUACAUGCUUUUCUAUUAUUUCUAAGACAAAAGGACACCCAAUUCAGUAUAUGGAAUGGAUCAAUGAAAUGAUAUGCCCGGAAUACUGUAUGUACUUGUGCAGCUUGCUCAAGAUCCACAGUAGUUGUGCUGGUUGUCGUCAGUGUGAACAUGACUGUACGCAGGCAUUAUGGGAAAAGCCAAAGUCAAGAAAUAUCAUCUUAAAAUACAAAUGUUAUUGUUUACAGUGGCUGAAUGUUACCCAUACUGAUGAAAAUAGGUUUUGAAAUGUCUAUUUGUACAGAUUGUAUUUCAUAACGCUUUAUUAAGACCCAGAUUAAACAAAUAGGCAAGAGACAAAGCAGGAAUAAUAACCAAACCCAUGUGAGGUCUGGGCGAUAGAUAGUGCUUUGGGUAUGUCCACCAUCUUGGAGGACAGGGACCGUUAUUCCCUCACAUUCAAAGUGUUGUUUCUGCUUUGAUCUUUUGAUUUGUUGGAAAGCACUCAGUGUUAGGACUCAGCGAAGAGAUUUGGCUGGACUGACUGUAGUUCCCCCUUGAGAUUAUAGGAAAGCGAUUUCUGUCCAUAUUAGUUACUUUUUAGUUGGGCAACUGACCACAGGGUUGGUUCUUCCAGUGUCAGUCAGCACAAACAUACACACACACAUAAUCUUGUGUAAAAAAGAUUCAAUUCUCUUGAACAAAUCAAUCCACUCAAUCUCUGUGGCGCCGUCCUUUAUGCACGCUAUAUUUCCAGGAUUCACAUCACUGUUUGAUUAUUACUGUUCAGAUGUUUUUACUCCAAAUAAUGUUUUUUACGUUAGGACAACUGUUCAGAUAUUUAAAUAUAUGCCUUCCAGCUCCAAGCCAGUCACAAUUUUGAGUAGAUCAGAAUAUAAUAUCUUUGUCUGUUUAAAUGGAACAUAUACUGUGUCUGUUUGGACUUCAAAGUAAAGUUUGUUUCAGUAAAUGUCAUAUACGUUAAGUUGUAGACACAAGUAUUGCGCAGAUCUUUCUAAAUGGAGUAAAUACAUACAUACACAGAUACCUUACGAUAUUAGCAUAUCUCAGACUGAUCCAUUAGGAAACCUGUUUUGUUAUGAAUGGUGUUGUUUUUGUAUAUUUUAUAGUGUUUCUGUAUUUUUGUUAAUGAGAUACUUUUUUAUGUAUUUAGUUCACAAACAUUUGAAUAUUUUUCAAUAAUUUAUAUUUUAUAAAAGAAAAAGACACAGACAGCUGGUGCUUUCAUGGGAAAUAAAGGUAGCACAGGAAAAAAUGUAGCGAUUUUCUUUUGAUAUAGAGAAUAGACCUGUCUGUUAAAGAAAAAGGCUGAUGCUGGCCCAUCAUUGAUUUCUGCUGGAAAGUUUUAUAAACUGUAGCUUCUAUUUCUUAAUGUACUUAAAAAAUGUUAUGUUAUAAAAAAGUAUAUGUGAACAAAUAUUUCAUA